AUGCUCGGAAGCAAGCCCAACAAGACUCCAAUUGUGCUCAGAGACAAGAAGAGAAUGUUUGAAGGAAGUCCAGUGAACAAAGAGAGGUAUCAACAACUAAUAGGAAAGCUCAUCUACCUCUCACACACUAGAUCUGACAUUGCCUUUGCAGUAAGUCUGGUAAAUCAAUAUAUGCAUGAUCCAUGUCAAGGACACGUCAAUGCAGUAUAUAGAAUUCUGAGGUAUCUCAAGCAAAAACCCGGGAAAAAGCCUUUUCUUCAGAAGAAAAAAAAAACUGAAAUAAAAGUUGAAGUAUUCACAGAUGCAGACUGGGCGGGUUCAAUUGAUGAUAGAAAGUCUACAACUGGAUAUCGUACAAUUGUAUGGGGCAAUGUGGUAACAUGGCAGAGUAAAAAGCAAACAGUGGUUGCUAGAAGCAGUGUAGAAGCAUAG